CGGAAACAGAGUAAUCGGAAUUGCAGGAAUUGCAGGUCCGGGCUUUCUGACAGUCUGCACACAUUUGGAUGUAAAAACACAAAAUGACAUUUUAGAAGACUGCAGCAUGUUUCCUUUGUGCAAUAAACGACUAGAAGGAUGGAAAGUAAUCUCACCGCAUACAUGAGAGAACUGUAAAAUGGCUAGCAGCAGUUGAAAACUGGGAUGCAGUGGCCAAGAUGUCCAGCAAAGAAACUUCAGAAGGAAAUAAGGGCUCACACCAGACGCAGCUGUAUGUGCAGGUUCCCUCAACAUGCCUGCCAAUUGUUUACUCCCCAGAGUAUAACAUCACCUUUAUGGGUCUGGAGAAGCUCCAUCCCUUUGACGCUGGCAAAUGGGGCAAGGUCAUCCACUUUUUAAAAGAGGAACAGUUCAUCACAGAUGAAAUGAUCGUGCCAGCGCGGGAGGCCAGUGAGGAGGAUCUUUUGGUGGUUCACACCAAGCGCUACCUGAACAGACUCAAGUGGUCUUUGGUGGUUGCCACCAUCACGGAAAUCCCUCCGCUUAUAUUUCUGCCCAAUUUCCUGGUGCAGCGGAAAGUGCUGAGGCCGUUACGCACCCAGACAGGAGGAACAAUCAUGGCUGGAAAGCUUGCCAUGGACAGAGGAUGGGCUAUAAAUGUGGGAGGGGGUUUCCACCAUUGCUCCAGCGACAAGGGAGGGGGUUUCUGUGCAUAUGCCGACAUCACGCUGGCUAUCAAGUUCCUGUUCGAGAGAGUGGAGGGAGUCUCCAGGGCGACCAUCAUCGAUCUGGAUGCUCAUCAGGGAAAUGGGCAUGAAAGGGAUUUCUUGGAUGACAGACGGGUGUACAUAAUGGACGUCUAUAAUCGUUACAUCUAUCCAGGGGAUGGAUUUGCUAAGAGGGCCAUUAAGAGGAAAGUGGAGCUGGACUGGGGUACGGAGGAUACAGAGUAUCUGCAGAAGGUGGAGCUGCACUGUGAGGGAGCGCUGAACGAGAUCAGACCUGACAUAAUCGUCUACAACGCAGGCACAGACGUGCUGGACGGAGAUCCACUCGGAGGCCUGGCCAUUUCCCCACAGGGCAUUGUGAAGAGAGAUGAAAUCGUCUUCAGGGCGGCGCGGAGGAGAGGGAUCCCCAUCCUGAUGGUGACGUCAGGGGGCUACCAGAAGAAAACAGCUCGCAUCAUCGCUGACUCCAUCCUAAACCUGCACAGGCAGCGUCUGAUUGGUGGAGAGGUGCUGGAUGGGGCGGGGCCUUCCAUGGUGCCGGUCAUGAUGAGCAAGUCUGUUUCAUCAGGGUCUACCCUCAAUGCCAUCUGACACCUCCUGAUGAGCUUUGAUUGGUUAAUUUGUUUAACACAUUAAUCUCCAGGCUUAUUACCCAGUUAUUAAUCUAAAAGCAAUAGGCAAAACAAAUCAAACGUAUAUUUGCGUAAUGUUUGGUGAAAGAAGCUUCUUUAGCAAGUCUGUUUGAGAACACUUAACAGGCCAUCAUGGUCAGAAGCAAGGGUACGAUGAUUUAAGCAUGCACGGUGCUAACUGGUGGGCUAUUCAUUGUUAGCUACAUAGCCGUAUAGCUCCAGUGCCAAACUAAAGAAGCAAGCUACAGACACCAAAUGUGUCUUGGCUGUUCAACUACAUUUAAGGUAAUUAUAUAAACUGUAUACAUUUGAUUUUUUUUUGCCAGACUAUGGCUAUUAAGCUUAUUAUACUUACAACUAUGAAAUAUCUUUUGGUAAUGGUACUUUAUGGUACUAAAAUGUAAGCUAUGUAGUACUAAGAGUGAGGAAUUGUUUCCAGGAGUUUAAUGAGUUAACAGUGGUAGUCAUUUUCAUUCAGUAACAGAAGCAUUUAGGCCUGAGUUAGAUGAGGAAGAUGUGAAAUGUUAGAUGUGUGACAGUUAGACGACGAUGAUUGGCCUAAACUCUUAAACCGCUUCAGCCUAUGGUGCAUUACUGUAUAGUACAUUAACUAUGGAUCAAACCUUUUUAGAAUGUUUUAUUUCUUUACUUUGGUACUUUAUACAAUGCUUAUUUGCACAUUAUAUCUUUGGGAAUUCCACCUUAACCAAUAAGGACAAAAGCCAAUACAAUUUGAAAGGAAAUUUUAAUUUUUUUGUCCAUUGAGAAAUUCUAAAUUUACUGCUCUACCAAAAUUUCUUCAUUUCCAAAUUAGGUGGUACCUCUAUGGUUAUGUCAUUAAUUUACUCAUAGAUUCCUGUCAUUCUCUUGGUCUAAUGUUUAUCUCUAAGACUAAAAUAAAGCUCCUUACAAUUGAAUAAUUCUUAGAUUUUAAUUAGUGCUACCAUAGUGUUAAUGUUAACCUUAAAUUAUGUCCUGAUGUUUUCUAGAAGCAUCUUGUAGUGACCAUUUAAAGGGGGAUUCUCACAAUUUUUCAAAAAUUCAAUUUUUGAGAUGCAAAAUCAUUCAGAGUGGUUUGAUGUGAAGUGGUUCAUUGCAGAGAAACUUACCAACUUUGAUUUCUUUGGAACAGUGGUGAUAGGAACAAGGGGUCAUGAUGUGUACAACACAAAUAUAGUAAUUUUACAUACAGUACUUUACACAACCCCCAGUGGAUCUAUAUGUAAUGUUGAUAAGGGUAAACUAGAGGUAAAUCUGAAAAUAAAAAUAAAAAUAAAAAAAUUUAAUCUCAAAACUGUCAUAAAACAAUGUCUCAGGCAUCGGGCAGUGUAUCCAUAACCAUUUUGUGUAAUAACUUUAUGUAAUGUAGCUUUGAGAUAUUAAACAUUGUAGACAUUUUGUUCCAUGAACAUUUCUGACUUGGCAGUUUUCUCUGGAAUGGCAUAUACACCACUCUGACUUUUUAUACACCUUAAUAAUGAUUUUAAUUCUGCAGAAUAUUAGAGAAAUGUGUGGAAUUCCUUUUUUAGGGAAGUAGGUAGUAUUUGGCAACACUGUAUGUCAAGACAAGGACUGCUGUGAAUGUGAGUGAUAGUCUUUAGAUUAGGAAUGGGCGAUACAACAAUGUAAUAUUCUUCAAGACAUCUUCGAGAGAGUCCUGACAUUCAAGUCUGGUUCUAGAGCAAUUUAAAAAAAGGCCUUGUCAUCCAUCUAGACAUGAUCUUGGAGGAAUAAAAGGAAGCAAGUCAAGAAGCUAUUCAUGACCAGGUAAAAAAUAUUAGGAGUGAAUUGCUUCCUACCCCACCAUGGGCUCAAUUCAGUAGUCAGAUUCUUAUCAAUGAGUUAAUAAGCACUUUAUUGGUUUGGCUUUGUGGGUCUGACCCAAUGUAACCCUCAAAAAGGGAAAUGAAUUGCACUUAAUUAGUUGAAAUGCACAGUAAUGACCUGACCGGUGAACCCAAUGUCUUUUGGUCUUCAAAAGUCUCUAUAUUACACUCCCACAGCGGUGUGAUGAAGCAGAUAAGGAUAUGAUACAGCUUGAACGUGCUGUUCAACUGAAGUGCAUGGCUGACUUCUCAGACAUUUGACUUUUUUCAAGUCUUCAUUUAAAAGGUGUCCUCCUUUAAUGAGGACCAUUGCAGGCCCGUUGACGUGGGUGGACCUCAGGGAGCCGUGCCCAUCCAAUUAGACUGCUAGGCCCAUCCAAAAAUAAUCUGGUUGGCAUAUGAUUUAUAUAAGGAUUUUUUUUUUGUGAAUUUGUCACAAAUUAAAUAAUGGAUUGAUGGGCUCUUCCAUCCAACAACGAUUCGAGUACAUGUACAUUAGGCACUAAAACUUUUGCAUAUGGCUGUAUAUCCACCUACUUAGUUUACAGCACUUUAGCUCCACCCACUCAGCCUGAAGUUAGAGGGAUUGUUUCAACACACACUGCUUUUUGAAUGAGGUGCUAUACAGGGCAGCCAAUCAGAACAGCUCAUUUACAUGCAUCAGUUUUAAAAGCACAGUAAUAAAAACAUUCAAAGGGAUAAAGAGAGGUUGGAAAAGUUGGUCAUGUAAAAAUCAAUUCCAACUCUUUUUUUGUACAUAAAACUCCACAAAUGACAUAAAUGGAAUUAAAUACUGGAAAAAUUUAAGAUAUCAGGCCUCUAAUACACUACACUGUAACUAAACCUGUGGUUAAGUGGCUUAUAAGCUGGAGAUUCAUUAACAUUCUUUGCUGUCCCACAGAAACCCUAUUGCCCGGUUUAUGACUUGGUUUUGGGAGAUGGUGUGUAGGCCGUUAGAGCUCUAAGCUCCCACCCUACUCCACACCUCCCCCAGCAAGCCUUAAGCAAGUCCUCCCUCCUCAUUCACCUCAACCCACUAUCCAUUCUGAGACAUCUAGCAGUGAGGGAAUAUGAAUUACAGGUGCGCAUUCCUCAUAGGUCAUGCCUUUAUCUCCUUAAAGCUGCUUGUGGCCUCUCCUGACCAGAUGCAGCUGUUUACAGCCAGGAAGAGUUCAUCCGAGUUUACCGCUCACAAACUGCCUCUAGCCUGAGGGAAGCCGACAACCUAAUAAUCACAAAACUUAAGAGUUUAACAAGACCGAAAGCACUCGACUGGGUAAGACAUUUCCUCUUUCUUAGAUGUAAAAGUUUCAGAGCGGUUAUUUUUUUUAUUUUUUUUUUUAAAGAGGUCCUUUUGUGUCUCCUGUCUUUUUGCUUUAAUGCUCUGUUGCCGGAGGGAGCUUGGUAAUAGCUCCUAAUGAGUGUGAUAAGACUGUGCACUCAAAGGGAUGUGUACGAGGCCAAGAUGAAAGAUGCAAAGCCUUUAGGCGAGCCUUCAGCCUGAUAGAUUUAUAAUGGAUUUCUGCAGUGAGAUAGCAAAGACUGAUUAGUUAGCACUUAGAUGAGGAGGGAAUGAAGGUGCUAGAUUCAAUACUUUAUAUGUGACCUUUCAGGUGUCAUUUGGAUGGACAGGUCAAUAAUAGCAUCAUUAGCAGUGUGUAAUAAUGAUCAUUAAUGCCAUCUUUCUUUAUGAAUAAGGUCUUACAACAGAGUUGUACGAUGAAGUUGUGAAGUUAUGCAGUGUUUAUUUUCACUUUACCUGAUCUAAAAUUCAAUUAUAAUGAAAAAAGUAAAGCACUGGACUAUUAUAAGUCCUUGAAAAAAUUACAAAUUACUGUCCUAUCGAAAUUUCUGACAUUUGGUUGGACAUGUCCUUAUGUAAUAAUGGUAAUCACUUUAUUUAAAGGAACACAUAGUGGGGGUUUAUCAAGUUCUUGUUUGUUCAGUAAAGCCUAUAUUUGACACUUCUGUAUGGUUUAUGUACUAUGCAUUAAGUUUUAUUCAUUAUGACCUGCAUUAGUAUGUAACUGGAGGUCUGUUAGGUGAAAAUCACUAUGAAUUUCAUUAUUAGUUAAAGGGGAAUUCCACCAAAUUUCAGAAUUUCUGGAUAAUUCAGUCAUCAAGAUGUAAACAAAGACAUGUAGAGUGGUUUGAUGUAUAAUGCGCCAUUCUAAAGAAACUGACUGGGUCAGAAGUGUGGUGAUGAUAGGAACCAGAAGCAUCUGAAGCAUUUAAUGGCUCUAAAAGCUACCUCUCAAUGCUUUUAGAGGCAUUAUUUCAAAUCUAUUACUUGAAAUAGCUACGAAUAUACUGCCCGAGUUUUAUCAUGUAUUCCUGGGGGAAGGUGCAUGCAGCUAGUUGUAAGACAAAGUAGUCCCAAUUAUUUUUUUUUAACCCUUUACCAUCUGUUUUACCUUUCUCAACAUUUACAUAUAAAAACUCUGAGAGGAGCCCACUGGGAGCCACUGCUCUCUGUGAAGUGAGGCAUAUCGUAUAAAAGUCUAGAAAUAAGGUAAUUCAUUUUGUAAUAUUCUUACAACAGUCUCAAAUAUGAUAAAUAUAUGAUAUAUUGACUAGCUUUAAGAUGUGUCUUGUCAAAAAUAUCAUUUUUUGCAGUCUUUACUGUAUAUCCAUAAUGCUAGUUGACCCUGACAAUAUAACCUGUUAUGAAUACUACUUAUUAAAGCAGUAAGAACAUCAGCACAUGGAGGUAAUGGGAGGGAAUGGUGGAUAACAUGGCUACAGUGUUUGGGAUUUUUGAACUAUAGAAUUAAAACAAAACAGAUUAGGAUGUUUCUGAAAUCCCAGACCUCCCAUUAUGUACUAAUAUGUGUAGUGAUACAUAAAGCCUAAUGCAAAGUAAAUAAACAAUACAGAAAUGUCAAAUUUGGGUUCUGAGCAAUGAACAAGACAUCAAUAAACCCCCAAUAUGUGUUACCUAAAAUAAACCAAUAUCAUGUUAAUUAAUCUAAUCUUUCUCUGUGAAUUCUAAGGUCUUACAAAGGACUUGUAUUACUUUUUUUUUCUUUAUUGAUGUGGGUGAUGUGUUUUUAUUUAUCCAUAAGAAUAUAAUCGAAACUGAUUUCUGCACUAAUUCUCCUCUCAGGGGAGCUUAAUCCAACAUGUUUGGGUGUGCAAGUUUUAUGUGGUUCAAUACUCAUGUACUUCAUUACUGUACUGUUUCCAUGCAUUACACAUCGUGGCACCUUGUAAACAAUUAACAAAAGUGCCAAAUAUGAUAUUUUAUUUAUGGAUUCAUGAUUUUUUGUUUUUGUACCUGGCAUUAACAUUUAUACCACUUCUAUGUGAGAAUGGGGCAAAUAAAUCAAACCUAAUUAUACGAUUA